CUGUCAGUAGCAGCCAGAUGGAAACGUAGGCAAGUGAAUGUGGUGAGGUCAUGUAUUUUUAAGCCGCACAACGGAAUAAAUCGUCCUCCACCGGCGGCACAAACAAACUGGUCCGCCGCACCGACACGUUAGGCCGUCGAUCGAACCGCGGGGCGAUCGCUACAGCCUCGGUUUGGAUGAACGGAGAGGACAUUUUUAGAUGCACAGAGAGCAGUAAUUGAAGAUUUCACCAUGAACAAAAACAAGCGAGAGAGGGAGUUCUACAGCCUCGAUGUGGGAGACUCGACGUUCACAGUCCUGAAGCGAUACCAGAAUCUAAGACCCAUCGGCUCAGGAGCGCAGGGGAUAGUGUGCUCUGCUUACGACCAAAUGCUUGAACGAAAUGUUGCCAUCAAGAAGCUGAGUCGGCCGUUUCAAAAUCAAACCCAUGCCAAGAGGGCGUACAGAGAGCUGGUCCUAAUGAAAUGUGUCAAUCACAAAAAUAUCAUUGGCCUAUUAAAUGUAUUUACACCACAAAAAUCAUUACAAGAUUUUCAAGAUGUGUACUUGGUGAUGGAGCUGAUGGACGCCAACCUGUGCCAGGUCAUUCAGAUGGAGCUGGACCACGAGAGGCUGUCUUAUCUGCUCUAUCAGACGCUGUGUGGUAUCAAACACCUCCACGCUGCCGGCAUCAUUCACAGGGACCUGAAGCCAAGUAACAUAGUCGUCAAGUCCGAUUGUACACUGAAGAUCUUGGACUUUGGCCUGGCUCGGACGGCGGCCACCGGCCUCCUGAUGACACCGUAUGUGGUGACGCGUUACUACAGAGCACCUGAGGUUAUCCUGGGCAUGGGAUAUCAAGCCAAUGUGGACGUAUGGUCAGUGGGCUGCAUUGUGGCUGAAAUUAUCAGGGGAAGCGUGUUGUUCCCCGGCACUGAUCAUAUUGAUCAGUGGAACAAGGUCAUUGAGCAGCUCGGCACUCCAACUCAGGAAUUCCUCAUGAAGCUGAAUCAGUCGGUAAGAACGUACGUAGAAAACAGGCCACGCUACGCUGGAUACAGCUUCGAGAAACUCUUCCCAGACGUGCUCUUCCCUGCUGACUCUGAUCACAACAAACUGAAAGCGAGCCAAGCCAGAGAUCUCUUAUCCAAGAUGUUAGUGAUUGAUUCCUCCAAACGAAUCACUGUAGACGAGGCCCUGCAGCACCCCUACAUCAAUGUUUGGUACGACCCAGCAGAGGUGGAAGCGCCACCUCCGAAGAUUCCGGAGAAAGCAUUGGACGAGAGGGAGCAUACCGUGGAGGAGUGGAAAGAUCUAAUUUAUAAGGAAGUGAGUGAUUGGGAUGAGUGGGCAAAAAAUGGAGUGAUAAGAGGCCAGCCACCUCCUUUAGGUGCAGCAGUGAUUGACAGCCCCCCCCAGCCUACGUCCUCCUCUUCCUCGGCCAACGACGUCUCGUCCAUGUCCACGGAGCCCACUGACCCGUGCAGCGACCCCACCUUGACCUCUGAAACAGACAGCAGCUUGGAAAGCCAUACCUCUCUGGGUGCGCUUGCCUGCUGCAGAUAACAGACACAUACUACACACACACACACACACACACACACACACAUAAAACUGUUGUCUCAUCAGUGUGUGUGAUGGGAAAAUAGUUUUGGCCAAUGAAACUUCUCAUGUUAGUUUGUAGAGCUGCGCUUUUAAUGUACAGUUUCUUUUUAUUUCCCCCUCCCUCUACACUGCUGUACAUGACUGUGGUUUGAAACUGUAUCAUUAUUACUGUAUUUUUGCUGCAAAGAAUCAAGAGUAUGUUUUGAUGUGAAUCUGUGGUGUGUGUGUUAUGAAAGAGAGGGAUUCUCCUUUUUUAGCUGCUGCUGUUGAGCACUGCAAUAUUAUGUUGGGUAUAUUUUGGAAUCGGUCAUUUGACAUUUUUUUGAUAAUUGUUUGGGACAUUUGAAUGAAUUCUUUCUUUAGAGGUAGACUAGAGCACAUUUUUCUUCUCUAAUGCAAAUAGAUGCUUUUAUUUUGACACAGCUCCUCAUCUUUCUUGUAGAAAGCAUCCUACGUUAACUUAUUUCUUAGUAUUUUAUCACAUCUGAUUGUUUGUGUAUCAGGACAAGCAGUCGAAUGGUCUGUUGCCCUGACUCUGCAUUUCUUUUCUACGAUAGCAUUCUGCAAACUGACUGUAUUGUAACUUAUUUAUUGACUCAAGUGGGAUUCGUAGGUUUUGGUCUGUUGUAUGAGGAAGAUCAGGGUGAAUGUAAAGUCAAUAUAAAUGUGGAAUUGUAAGGAGCCAAUGAUUGCUGUUAGCGCUGUACCAACUUCAUACAGGCCUCUCCACUGGUUAUAUGAGUGAGAUGUAUUUGGGCAACUGUCACAUCAGCCACUCUGCCCUUUUGGCAGGUUUUCUCAGACAUUAUUUACAGCCGUUGGAUAUUCAAGAUAUUUCGUUUUUAAGUGCCCUUAACUCAGUUCAGUGAUUUUUCCGUCGUCUCCGAGGAAGAUGCUCCUCUCCUCUGCGGUGCGUCUUUUCUGAGUUCUACCUCUCAUGUGCACACACACACACACUCAAACACACAUUUUUUGAAGAUACAGUAUGUUUUUCAUGUAACACAUCAUUCACAAAGAAAUGUGAAAAAAAGAUUUUCUCUUCUGCAUUUGUGUUAUUUAUUUAUUUAUUUCAAGCUAGGAGGCAUCUAUUGUUUGUAAUGUACAUUUCCUUCAGAAGUACUAUUUAUAUGCAUUUUGUUUUCACUUUUUCUUUGUUUUCUGUGCAAUAUUUAUUCAUAGAUUAGGUUACUUGGUAAAUUGAUCUGUACAUUUUAAUGUAGAUUUAAUGUUUGUAUUUUUUCCGAGAGUCGGGAAACAGGUAUUUGUUACCUGCCAUGGUGAUAACCUUUGGAUGUACUUGAUGGCUCAAAAUUUGCCCUCUUCAUUGUUGGGCACUUCAGGCAGUUACCCCUAGCAUUCAGCUCCCAGAAUGCUCUUUGGGGGAUUGUGACGCAUGUCCUGACCCUUUCUGGACCACAUUUCAAAUGACUGUUGUGACAUCCUCUUCCCGUGUUUUAUUUUUUUCCUCUCUCCCCUCCAUCUUCUCAAAAAUAGAGAAAUUAGACUAGACGACGCAUGAGUUUUCUCUUAGCAAAUCUGGUUCUAGUGCAGGUACAUAGAGGAAAGAAAGAAAAGCCGUCGAGCACUAUGGGGAUGAUGCUGCAGUCUUCUGAUGACUUGGCCAAAUACUGAUGGCUGUUGUGGUGUGUUGUGAUAUGGCCGGAUGUGUGGAUUUUAGCCUUUGGAUCUGAAAUUGCCUCACUAACAGACCAAUUAUAUACAUUCAAAAUGGAAACUGUCGACAGUACGUACAACUCCAGCAAAUAAACAAGUUGAAUUUUAA